GCAGCGAACCGGAAAAAUGUUUACACACAAAGAAUAUUAUGGUCCAUAUAUUGUAGCUCAAACACACGAAUUCAGUGAAGAUAUAUUAUCUUUGUAAUUUCAACAUUCCCUCCGCAUGUAUCCGAUAACACGUGCUGUUUGUUUCCACAAUAUUGUCCAAACCUCCUUUUUCAAACUUUUGGAAGUAAACAAUCUCAACACCACUGCCGAUAGCACCAGUCAAUGCAUAGAUGACAUCAGUGUGCGGUGAUAUGACAUGUUUUGUGCUGACCGGCAAUGCCUUCGUGAAGUGGUUGAUUAGAAUAGCACUUGUUCGCUGAUAAAGUGCCGGAACAUUUGAAUUGGUGAAACAGUCGCAUCAGAAUCACCAACGUAGCAGGAUCUCACAAAGCGUCAGUUUUCAUCGUUUAUGUUAAAAUAAUGUCCGAUGAGCAGAAGAUACAUUUUCUUAGAAACAAUUUGCCCAAAUUGAUUCUCCAAACAUCACAUUCCAAUGAUGAAUUGCUGUCUGUGGAGUUUACCACUCCGGACCAAUUGGAUGGAUUUAUGUCUACCAUCCACAAAUUGGAUUUACUCGUGAGAAACACAAAAUCAGGGGAAGAGAGGCCGAUAAACCUGAUGGUCAAAGUUAUGAAAGGAGACGACACAUUCCGAACCGAAUGUUUGAGCAAGAUUCAAUUUUCAAAUGAGAUUGUGAUAUACACAAAAGUUCUGCCAUGUUUCCAAAAAUUGCUACAAACCACCAAGUGUUCAGUAACCGGUGAUAACUGGUGCCCGAAAGUACUCUAUGGAACCGCUGGGCACAUUCCAGAGUAUAGUGAUCAAUUCGAAACAAUACUUGUGAUGGAAAAUAUGACUAUCGAUGGAUUCACAUCUGGACCUAGAAACGAUUUAGACGAAGAACACCUGACGCUGAUGGCCAGGAAGAUUGCCCAGUUCCAUGCGUGCAGUUACGCUUUGAAAAUAACGAACGAUAAACAGCUGGCGGAACUUGAGGACGAAUUGGCUCCACUGAAUUUCAUUAAGGGUGAACAAGUUUUCGAAAGCUAUGCCAUCGUGUUCAAACGAGGCUUAGAACGUGUUUUCAAAUACAUCGAUGAGCAUCCCGAGUCAUUAGACAAUGAAAAGUUUAAGAAAGACAUCGCUAACCUGAGGGAUAAAUAUAGUGAUGAACCUAUUCGGUUGAUGCAAAAGUUCCUGAAACGAGACGAGUACUCUAUAAUUUUGCAUGGAGACUACAAUCGCAAUAAUGUUCUUUUUAAGUAUGAAGAUGGGAAACCCGUCGAUAUUCGAAUGUUUGAUUUUCAGGAACAUCGAUACGGAACCCCUGCCAUUGAUUUGUUCUUCUUUAUGUGUAUGAGUAUGCCAACGGGUCUUCGGGAGCGUUUCUGGAGUUCACUGUUGAAAGAAUAUUACGACAGUCUUAUGAGCACUCUGACCGAUAUUUUGAAAUGCAGAGAAUCGGAUAAGAGAUUGAAACCAUUCCAAUACGAUAGAUUCAUGGAACAUUUGAACAGAUUUGCCUUGUAUGGGGGCAUGGUGGCAGCGCAUUUUCUACCAUGGAUGCUGGGCUCGGAAGAAGAAUGCAGGCAGUUAUCGUAUCAUUUUAUGAAAGACGCUUCUUCCGCCGAGAUGAAGCGCCUGACGAUGGUAUGUGGCGGUGAGGUUGUGGACAGAAGAUUGAUAGAAAUGCUGCGACAUCUAAGUCAAAUAGGAUGUUUUUCCAUCGUAGAUGAAGACGAAAAUUGAUUGGACUACUUUUAAUACAAAGUUUAAUACAAAGUUAAUUAGCCGUAUGGAAAAUGAGAAAGUUAAAUAUAUAUAUUUUUAAUGCCCUUCUGUUAUACAAACGGUGUAAACAAUUAUUAAACGAUUAAUAAAAGUAUUACGAUUUCA